UUCCGUUUAUUUCAAGUAUUAAAAAAUACAAUUUUAGAAAUUAAUAAAAUUAAAUAACUUCUGUUCCCUUCUCCCUUUUUUCUUCCCUUUCCCUUAUUAAACCUUGCUAUUCCUUUUCUUUUCUUUCAUUUUUGUGUGUACAUGCAUUCUGUUACACACAAUGCUUUUAACGAGAAUAGUCAAUAAACCACAGUCCGUUCAUGGUCUCAUACGAUUCACCAAGUCAAAAGCAUUCAUCCUCUUCAUCCUGGCAUCUUUUUUUCUAUUAUCACACAUCAUUAUUCACUUUAGACUGAAACUACAUUAUUCAUCUGCUACUGCCACAGUCAUUGGCACAACCAUCACAACAAAUCAGUCUCAACAAGAUCGAUAUUUGGCAUACUUGCCUCACUCCGGUCUAUCGAAUCAACGCAUUGAACUAGCCAAUGCUCUGCUACUUGCUUACAUGCUAAAACGUACUUUACUUAUACCUCCAGCUUUCUUGGGAAAUGUAUUUGGUUGGAUGCCACGGGAACAGCUUAUGGACCAUCUACAGUGGUUAACAACCCCAAAACCAUUUACGAAACUCUGUCAACGACCAACACCAGGCAAAAUAGCUACCUAUGUACAGCGCUCUAGAUGUGAAGAAUAUAGGAAUUUCGGUGUUCUAUCAUGGUCGGACCUGCACGACCUUUCACCAUUGACACCCUACAUCCAAUAUAGAUUCCAAGAUGUGAUGUCUCUUGAGACUAUCCAGAAACAAUUCAAUUUAUCUAGAGAUGAUAUAUACUUGUAUGAAGAUGCACAGCUCUACGACUGGAGACUUUAUGAGAAUAUGACGCAAGCAACAGAGAUACUUGACGAGCACUCAAAUUAUGUUGACUCAUUUGGCGGAAGACGGUAUUACAAAGUAUUACUGCCACAGCACCUUUAUAGAGAGGAGAAGUUACUAUUUUUAGGCGGUGUCUUCGGCUCCACUCGGUUAAAUAUAGUAGAUCCUGAACUAAAAACAGUACAUCAAAAGAUUACACACGCGCUUCAUUACAGACUAGAUACACCUUUGGGGAUGACAGUCCAAUCGAUCGUAGACCAUUUAGGUGGUAAAGGCUCUUUUAUGUCGGUUCACUUUCGUACUGGAGAUAAACCCUUCAAGAAGGAACUACCGACCAAUCUACAGAACUUUGUGAAAAAUAUGACAGAGAUUGUCGGCAGUCAUGAAACAGACAAUUGUGUAGAUAUUCCUCUCGAUUCAGAUCAGAUGACCGUAGGCAAAAAAGUAAAGGUGUAUAUAGCAACAGAUCAUAAGAACCCAAAAGGUAAAGGUAGUGACCUCCUACCGUGGUUUCGCGAGUUUCCUUGUACAGUCACCUUGGGCGAUUUGCCAGGCCAUCUUCUUUCCCCUUUAGAUGAUUUAAGGGAUAUGGUAUCUCCAUCUAAAUCUCUAAAACGGUUUCUAAUACCUCUAGUGGAUGCCAUGGUAGCUGCUCAUGGUAGAGGUAUACUAACAACACCAAGAUCGACAUUUUCCAAAUAUAUCGAGGAGUUACAUAAGGCCUGGGUGCCACAGUAGAUUGUAUUUUCUUUUUAUAAAACCUGUAUAUAAUAAAUAUAAAAUAAUAUUAACACAUAGCUUUCCUUUAAUACACGCUAACUGUUCAUAGUCUGUUAACGAGAGUCUAUAAAAAAGCUAAACUUGAGGAAUAUCUUUAUCAUCGUCCUAUUUUUUAUGAUUUUUCUACUGUGUACUCUUACACAGCCACCUU